CUACCAUCAUUCCUAUACAACCAAAUGAAGCCUUAUAAUCCAGAUGACAUCCAAGACAGUCUCUUCCAUGGCCAUGUGUUAGUAUGUUUUUAUAAACACAUCUUCUGUGGUUGCUCAAUUGCUGUUGGCACCUCCAUGAUUGCAACAAAACCAUCCAAGAACAAGAUCCACAGUAUCAAAGAAGUUUCAGAAUUCACAAUCACUUAUGCAGUGGUAAUGGCAUACUUUACUUUAUCAUCAGAGGAAAUGUUCAGGAAGGCAGUGGGAAGACUUGUUUAUGGAGACUUUUAUUGUAUGAUCAUCUUGCUUUUCAAGGAGAAGGAGACCAAUCUGUGGGUGAAGGAAACUUUGGCCUGGUGGAACCAGUGA